AUAGCCCCAGUAACGACAAAAUAGUUUAAUUAUUGCUUUGUACUUUUCCAUUCUGUACGUCAUGUUUGUUAUAAAAGUGUAUUAAACAUUGUUGGACUUUAAGAAAAUACUAAAGAAAAAUACUUGUAGAUAUAAUAAGCAUUAUUGGCAUCUUUUAAAACGUAUUUCAAAGGAUGUGAUUAAUCUCAAGUUACGUAUGUGUUCACAUUAAUGGAUGCAUGGUUAUUAGAUAUAAUAAUUUACUUGAAUAUAAAAAAUUACAACAUCUUUAUUAAACUGGAAAAAGCAUGAAUGGAGAUACAAUAUUAAGAAGUUCAAAUGUUAACCUUUCAAUACCACAAGCUGGAAGUAGCAGAAAUGUUCCAUUGUUGCCCCCCAGACCUUCAUCAUCAACAGGCUCCUCUGGAUACGUAAACAACUUCGGCGCCUAUGGUCCUUAUCAGUCACCAUAUUCGUCUUAUGGAUACAAUUCAUUUAACACAAUGCCUUACAGAGGCAUGGGUUUUGGUUCAUUUGGUUAUGGUAAUUUUGGAAACUAUAAUACUUAUGGUGUGAAUAAUUAUAACUCUUUUGCGCCUACAGAUGAUGCAGAAAGAAGAUUUAUCCAGUAUGCUGAAGAACGUUCAAGGUCUGCAUUUGCAAGUGUAGAAAGUGUUGUUAGAACAAUAAGUAGUGUAUCAAUGAUGUUAGAUAAUACGUUUUUUGCAAUGAUCAGUUCAUUUCGUGCUAUUUUGGGUGUUGCUGAAAGUUUUGGUCAUAUGAGAAACAUGUUUGGACAGAUAUGGCAUUCCAUAAGCCUCUACAGGCUGUUUAACUGGUUGUACAGAAAAAUCAUGUCUAUAUUUGGUUUCAAAGUUGCAAAUGCUGCUGUUAAUGUGGCUUGGAAUGAAGUAACUUCUCCUUCACAUGCACAAUUUGUCGCAGCAAAUGAUACUGUAAAUAGCAGUUGGCCUACACUUGCAUUUUUUGGCAUUCUCAUGUCUGCUCCUUACAUUAUUAGCAAAUUAUUCUUGCCAAAGUAUCAGGACAGAUAUAAUCCCGAAAAAUGGAAGAACCCCGGAGUAAGGGCGAAAGCGGCAUUCGAUUUUGUAGCAACAAAUCCAAACGAGAUGAGCCUUAAAGUUAAUGAUGAAAUUUUAUUGGCACCUACUUACAUUCAGGAAGAAAUGAAAUUGACAAAUUCUGGUUGGGCUUUGGCACUUGGUAACGGAAAAUCUGGUUUAAUUCCAUUGAAUUACAUCGUUUUCGUAAAGAAGAACAAUGGAGUAUUAAAAUCAUCCAGAGAUGACAAAGACAUUCCUGUACCAAGAAUAUUUCCGAAACGUGUUAGUUUUGGGGAAAACCAAAUAAUCGAAACAAACACUUCCGAACCAGUCAUUGCAAUAUCACAAGCGCAAAAAUCUGCGGAUAACAGCAGCCCCACAUUACCUGAAAGUAAUAAUAAAAAUAGUAAUAAUGACGAAAAUAAUAAAUGAAAUUAAUAAGUAAUUGUA